ACCUCUUUUGCCUCUCUCUGCAACUGCAAGAAAUUUCCGACAAACGAAACGAAGAAAAUUCCGAAAAGAAGGGGGAAAAAAAAAACCAUGCGGAGAAGGCCUGGAAUCGGUGGUUUACAAAAUGCCGCUGCUGCCAGGGAUCAAUAUCGAUUGCUAGGAGAAAAUGUAGCGAAGGUCAGAACCGACCUUAUGAAGGAACAGCUCGCCACUUUCCGUUCCCAAUUAGAAGAAUUCGCCUGCAAACACAAGAAUGAUAUUCGGAAGAACCCCGCGUUCAGAUCACAAUUCCAUGAGAUGUGUACUAAGAUUGGAGUAGAUCCCUUGGCAUCAAAUAAAGGAUUUUGGGCAGAGCUUUUGGGCAUUGGUGACUUCUACUAUGAACUUGGUGUGCAAAUUGUUGAGAUAUGCUUGGCAACAAGACCUCACAAUGGAGGUUUGAUCAACCUACACGAACUAUGUAACCUACUUCGUAAGAGACGGAAGAGUGAUAGAGAAGCAGUUUCUGAGGAUGACUGCCUACGAGCGAUAAGUAAGCUGAAGGCUCUGGGUAACGGCUUUGAGGUGAUUUCUGUUGGAAAGAAAAAGCUUGUUCGUUCUGUUCCAACAGAGUUGAAUAAAGAUCAUAAUGAAAUUUUAGAGCUCGCCCAGGCUCAAGGUUUUGUGACAAUUGAUGAGGUUGAGAGGCGGCUUUCUUGGACCCCUGGGCGUGCAAUCGACACUCUUGACACAUUGCUAGAUGAAGGUCUUGCAAUGAUCGAUGAUGGCCACAGAGACGGUAAACGCCGAUAUUGGUUUCCCUGUGUUUCUACCAUUGCAUCGACAGUAGGGGCCGAUACGUAACAGGCUCGGAGAAAGACAUGAAUUUUAGUGACCCAACUGCCAGAAUUGUAUGCUCAUGAAAAUGAUUGCUUGUGAAAACAUGUAUAAAGGAUGGGAAUUUCUUGUUAAAAGAAAAGAAAUGGAAAUUGAUUGUAGUGAAUAAUUUUUUAUUUGGUAACUCGGUUCAUACAACUGCUACCAGUUUCAAAUUUUAUACACUCGACUGAUAAUGCCAAUGAUCAUAUGCAGAGCCA